AUGGCACGUCGAUCUAACAAUGUUGGUCAAACACCUCCAAUUGAUGAUUUUAAUCGGGCUAUUGAUCGAAUGAUCAACGCAAUGGAGAGGCAACAUACCACUCAGGAACCGAGGACUCAUUCGAGGCUGAAUGACUUUUUGAGGCACGACCCAACAAGGUUCAAUGGAAGGGUUACGCCAGAUAAAGCAGAUGCUUGGAUCAAGGACAUUGAGAAGAUCUUUCAUGUGAUCAAAUGCACAGAUGAGGAAAAACUAGAUUACGCAACCUUCAUACUGAAAGAAGAAGCAGAGUACUGGUGGGAUGGUAUGAAGCGACUGAUGGAAUAUGAUGAAGAGGCUAUUACUUGGAACAGUUUCAAGGACACGUUUUUGGAAAAGUACUUCCCGACUAGCGCCAAGAUCGAAAGGGAGCAAGAGUUUUUGGCCUUGCGUCAAAGUGGGAUGUCAAUGCAAGAGUACAUCGACAAAUUUGAGUAUCUUAUCCGUUUUUAUAGUCAGCACAUGACGGAAGGGUGGAAGUGUCAAAGAUUUGAGCAGGGUCUGAGGUAUGACCUGAGGAGAAUGAUUGUACCUCUUGAAAUCAAGAAGUUUCCAGCCUUAGUCGAGAAGACAAAAAAGGUGGAGUUACUGGAAAUAAACCGCAACCGAGUUGACAAGACUCAGAAGGAUAAGUUUAUUAGAAGAAAGCCAUGGAAGAAGCCAUAUCAGCGACCCCAACCGCUUAUGCGAACAACCGUGAAAUGUUUUGAAUGCGGUGGUGCGCACUACAAGAGGGAUUGUCCUAAGCUCUCUGGAGUGAAGGUUGAAGAGAAGAGGUGCUUUGUGUGUAACAAGCCAGGACAUUUCGCUCAUGUUUGUCCAGAGAAGAAGAUAGCACAUGCACCACAACAACCAAGUUCUUCAGGCGUGAAGCCCAAGAUAGCUGGAAGGGUUUUCGCUUUGACCGGUGAAGAGGCUGCAAAGCCAGGUAAUCUCAUCCUUGACACAUGCCUUUUGUUUGGUAAAUAUGUGCAUGUAUUGUUUGAUUCUGAAGUUACGCACUCCUUUGUUUCUUCUACUUGUUUGAAAGACUUCAAAAUACCGGUGAGUAAUCUAAGGUAUGAAUUGGUGGUUUCUACACCAACAUCGGGUCAGAUCUCAACCAGUUCAAUCUGUGUUGGAUGCCCGAUUGUAGUCUUCGGACGCAAGUUCAAAGCGAACUUGAUCUCCUUACCUCUCAAAGGCUUAGAUGUAAUUCUGGGAAUGGAUUGGUUGACCGCCAAUCACGUUCUUCUUGACUGUGGACAACAACGAUUGGUUUUUCCAGACUCGGAUGGUUUAGAACUGAUCUCAACCAAAGAAGCUCUAAAGGAUGUUAGUGAUGGGGCCAUGUGUUUUGUGCUGGUAGCUCAAGAGAAGAAGAGUUUAAGGUUCAAACGACGAGUAUCCCAGUAG